CUGAGCACAGUGUGGAGCAGUUAGCUGGACAGUGUGUUCCCCACCCCCCCUGAGUUAUUGCUGAGUGUGCAUGUGUGAGUGUUUAGCUGACACAGCCAGGACUCAGUGUGCAAGUGCCUGCGCCCUGUGACUGAUCACCAGUGUGUGUGGGGGGUUUCCACUCUCUUACCCCUCCCUGGGGACCCUGUGCUGACUGGUGAUCCUGGUCAUGAGCUGGCACUGGGAAUGGAUGUUGUCCGUGGCGAUUCUCGUUGAGCUGAUGGGGGCCGAGGGCUCGCAGUUCAAAGCUGCCCGGCUUCAUCGCUGGUCUACAGCCAGCCUGGGCUACCUGAAAUCCAGCCUGUGCCAGCGGGUAUCCUUCCUGUCUGACUCCGAGUGCAAGCGACUGGCAGAGAUCCCGCAGACAGCUGUAGCGGUCUAUGCAGCAGAGCCUCGGGCUGGGGAGAAACUGCUGACCAUCCUGCCGGACUCUGGUCUCAGUCUGGGAUCUCCUCACGACGCCGUCCUCACCCUCGACCCUAGUCCCGAGCUCAGCUUUGGCCACCCGGUUACUGUCUUCUACAUUGAUUUCAACGUGAAUGAGCGGAGAUGUGGGAUCCGGGAGGGACUGUAUUUAGGUAACUACGAAUGCAUGACCCUGGCCCUGAAAAGCCGCUGUGAGAACCUGCUGAAGAGGAGGACCAGUCAUAAUGAACAACACAACGAUAAAGAUCGAGUCAGGAAGAGGCUAAAAGCCCAGGCGGCCAGGGGCAGCCUGAAAAGGGAGGUGCGCAACACUGGCAACCGCUCGCGGAGAGAGGAACGGCUUGUGGGACUGUGUGAGAUACACUUUAUACCUCUGGUGGUGGGACAGAGGGAUGUGCACAAAGAACAAAGACUCCGCUGUGUAGAACAGAAGGGCUUUGCUGCCUGCCCUCAGCCUCUCAGCAUCAGCAGCCCCAAUCCUGCCGUCGCCAACUGUGAGCUAAAUAAAAACACACGCCGGUGUCAUCGACAACAACUCUCUUCACAGAAAUCCUGUCGAAUGUACCAAACCUGUGACCAUGGAGUGCUGCUCUCUGGCGGGUGGAAGGAACACCUCACAUACCAAAGGCACGUUUACAAUGUGUUACACUUUUAUCGAAUGUUGAGGAGGAAUGGCUUCCGAACAGAGAAUAUCAAAACCUUCUUUGCAGGAGACGGAGGGAUCUCGGUGGAUGAGGAGACUGAGGACAUCUAUCCAGCCACAGAGAAGGUGAUGAUCCGUAGCCACAUCUCCUAUAUCUGCCGUGCCAUCAACUGUGCUGAUUCUCUGGUUCUAUAUCUCAACAGCCCCACAAGGAAUGAUGGGACCAUGUUGCUCUGGGACGUCAAUAAGAAUGGCAUUGCUGAUCAGAAGGAGAAGUAUACGGUGGGAGAGUUGUUGAUGGAUCUGGAAGGGUGUAAUGCACACAGGGUAUUAAUAUUCGUUGAUCAAAGCUACCCUGGAACACUGGCAAAGAAACUGCUUUCUUCCAAAAAGCAUCCAAAUGUUAUUCUGAUCAGCAACAGCAGAGGAUCAGAGUUCACCUGGGCCUCCUGCUUCACAGAAUUUUGGGGAGAACUUCAUCCCAAUCAAUGUCUCAUCGAUUACCUCUUCAAGAAUGUUGCAUGGGCUGCCUCUUUGACUCCUGGGGUAGUUGAGUCUACGCCUGGGCUCCUGAACAGCACCAUCUACGGAGGACCUUGCUAUGACAACCCACCUCUGACUCCAGAAGAGGUGAAGCGGGAGUACAUGGGAUGUCAAAAUCUCCCCACGGCAGUGUGGUACCAGACAAUCCAGCGCAAGGAUCUCCUGCACUAACUGCUCCAGCUCACUUCAAAGUAGACUGUUCUCUUACAGGAAAUGGAAGCACAUCAAAGCGCAGACGUAAACACUAUUAUCUAAUGAUAUGAGAUUUUAAAGCCAUCCUUGCUUUAACUACCUCUGCUGGGAGGUAACUGUUCUAAAAGAUCAGAUUUACUUUAAACAGAUUGACCAGCAAUUAGGUCUAGCUGUACAGAAUGGUGGCUAUUCUGGCCUCUUGUUCAUUCCUGAUAUUCAUCAUUCCAUUAUUGGUAGCCAUAUCUUCCUAUCUCUGGAAUUCCCUCCAUCCUGCGAUAUCUCCACCUCUCCUCUCUCUUUAAACCACUCCUUAAACCUAGAUCUUGAGCCGAGCUUUUGGUCUCCUGACCCAGUGUCAUCUCCUUUGGCUUUGUGCCAAUUUAUCAAAUUAUGCCCUUGGUGAGUGCUUUGGUACUGCCUCAUACUGCUUGGCUAAUCCAUGCCCCCCCAAAGACUGACUUCUGUACGAGGGCAGCUUUAUAUAAAUACAAAUAGCAAAGUUAUUUUUAGGUUUAAAGAGGAAAAAUCCCAUCGCUUUCCCCUGAUGAUUCUGUGCUAGUGCAGCGCUCAGUCUUAGAACAUGAUGUCAGGUUGAACUCUAGCACUGUACUGAAUUAGCUGAUUACAGGGGAAGGAUCGCUACUCCUGACCUCAAUGAGGGAGGACACUAAUCAUUGUGGAUCCUGACUACUUCCCUGCAUUCCACACUGUAUACUGCAAUGGGCGAAGGCAGAAUCGAUCUCAACUGUGAUGGCUUCUGUCACCACUCUCUGUUGAGGCUUAUACUCAGAUUCAAACGGGUACCUUAACAAAAACUCUGAGAUCAGGGGAGAAAUCUGAUCAACCCUUAAACAAGAAUCCUUUUGUCGAUACGCAUCUUUCAAUAUUCAGGAUGUCCCACAGUGUUUCAGCUCUGAGUAAUUCCAAAAUUAACUUGGCCCAGAAGACAUUGCAACACAGCCUUCUGUGUCAUAUUCCUCUCACACUCCCACUUGUCUCCCGGUGAUAAAUGUAUUGUUCUACUGAGAGCUGUCUGUGCAGUUCUGGUGGGGAGGGUGACCAGUCACUGUCUUUUCUGUUCAGGAUUUUAAGGAUACAGAUCAAGUGGGAUCAUCCUAAUUGAUCUGGUGAUAGGUUAAGAAUGCUGACUGUGAUUCCUACUGCUGAUGCUUGGCUCAUAUUUACACCUCAACCAACUCCCAAAACAUUUAUCUCAUUGCUGUUUGUAGGUAUUUGGCUGCUGUGUUUUCUAUAAAGAGAAUAUACUUCAAAAGGUCUUCAUUCUCUGAAAAAAUCUUCUAAGAUAGUUGGAGGUUGAGAAGGGUCUAUCUUGGUAGAUACUGAUUGAAAACUCCUCAAUGCCUAUUGGCUGUGGGCACCUCUCCUGUUCAUGAGCCUUGCAUGCAUUGACCCACUGCAUGUAGUAAAAUUCCCCCUCUGCCAUUAUUGAGCUGUGCUAAGAGGGUGCAGGAGUCACAGAUUUAGAUUAUAGUGUUGUCUGGUCGCCUGGGUUGAAUUUACCUCGCAGUCUUGAGAUCAUCCAGUCAGGUUACACCUGGAACACUGUGUGCAGCCCUGAUUAAUAUCACAAAACCCAGGGCUUCGAGACAAUGCAUGGGAUUGUAACAAAACUGACCCCCAGUGACACAGAAGCAUUUUGGUAACACACCCCCCAGUCUCAGAAAAUGCCAGAGUGGAGACUUUAUGAAGCAUGACAGGAUAAAGCAAGUAGGACAGAAUUAAUUCCCUGAUCCACCUUGGUGGGAGGACAUAUUUUAGAGCAAAGAGGACAUAUCACCUCGUCAUGUUGAGAGUGAUCAAAAGCAAGAUAUACUCAUCAUAGGGUGGCAUGGUGGCUCAGUGGCUCAGUGGUUAGCACUGCUGCCUCACAGCACCAGGGACCUGGGUUCGAUUCCACCCUCGGGUGAC